AUGGCUGCUGAUGGCACCCGUCGAAUCAAGCACUGGGCGUUUCGUUUAGCUAAUGUAGUGCUGUCUGACAACUUGUUCAUGAGACUCAUUGAAACUACAGUGCCCGAGGUGGAUUGUUCGAGGAGGACAAAUUUGAUUCACUUUCGUCCUCGACUCCGACACGAGAGCGCAGAAGUUCUACGCCCAGCAAACGCAGUUCAACGAAAAAAAAGGUCGAGUAAGAACGCUUCCACGAAACCGACUCCGAACAAGAAGCCCAGAACGAAUUCCUACUCAACGGACGCGCUGGUAAUGCUUGUUGGCAGAAUCGCAGCUGCGAGAGAGGCGGAGAUCACAGUUGCGACAGAUCAGUACAAACAGGCUGCUGUCAGAGUUCGUUCCGAGCACUACAAGAUGCUCGAUGAUCUUUGCAAGCGUAUCGAUAAGAUCGAAUGA